AAAUACCAAAAUCCCCAACAUACCCUCCGCACACCCGCUUUCCACCUUCUCUUAUAUUAACUUCCCUCCUUCCAAACCCAAACCAAACUCCCAACAUCUCCCUCCCUUCUCUUUCACACUUCAACUCCUCCCAAUGGAACAACAACUCCAGAAUUCCGAUUUCAUCUACCGAUCCAAGCUCCCAGACAUCGAAAUCCCAAACCAUCUCACCCUCCACAGCUACUGCUUCGAGAACGUGGUCCACUUCGCAGAUCGGCCAUGCCUCAUCAACGGCGCAACGGGCGACAUCUAUACAUACGCGGACGUAGAUCGCACCGUCCGAAAGGUCGCGGCGGGUCUCGACAAGCUGGGGAUCGAGAAGGGCCACGUCAUCAUGCUCCUCCUCCCAAAUUGCCCUGAAUUCGUCUUCGCAUUCUUCGGCGCGUCUCGCCGCGGUGCCACGACGACGAUGGCGAAUCCGUUUUACACGCCGAACGAGGUUUCCAAGCAAGCCAAAGCAUGCGAUGCACGGCUGAUAAUCACGCAAGCGUGUUACGUCGAUAAGGUGAGAGAUCUCGCGAAGGAAUCCGAUAUCAAGAUCAUGACCAUCGAUUCUCCACCGGACGGAUGCCUGCAUUUCUCUGAAUUGCUGAUAGCUGAUGAGAAUCAGAUCCCAGCCGUUGAGGUCAGCCCCGACGAUGUCGUGGCGCUCCCGUAUUCCUCCGGCACCACCGGGCUUCCGAAGGGCGUGAUGCUGACACAUAAAGGGCAGGUGACUAGUGUGGCCCAGCAAGUGGACGGUGAUAAUCCCAACCUCUACAUGCACAGCGAGGAUGUUGUGUUGUGUGUACUGCCGCUGUUUCAUAUAUACUCCCUGAAUUCGGUUCUGCUCUGUGCCCUGCGAGUCGGUGCGGCGAUCUUGAUCAUGCAGAAGUUCGAGAUCGUAGCCCUGCUGGAGCUCGUCCAGCGGUAUAAGGUCACGAUCGCUGCGAUCGUGCCACCGAUCAUGCUGGCGAUUGCAAAAAGCCCGGUCGUGGACAAAUACGAUCUGUCCUCGAUUAGAACGAUCAUGUCCGGGGCCGCGCCUAUGGGAAAAGAGCUCGAGGACAUUGUUAGAGCUAAGCUGCCCAAUGCCAAGCUCGGCCAGGGGUACGGCAUGACGGAAGCGGGUCCAGUGCUUUCUAUGUGCUUGGCCUUUGCAAAAGAGCCGUUCAAUAUAAAAUCGGGCGCUUGUGGAACGGUCGUGAGGAACGCUGAGUUGAAGAUCGUCGAUCCCGAGACGGGCGCUUCCCUGCCUCGCAAUCAGCCCGGUGAGAUUUGCAUCCGAGGCGAUCAAAUAAUGAAAGGUUACCUCAAUGAUCCGGAGGCCACGAAAAUAACUAUAGACAAAGAUGGAUGGUUGCACACUGGUGACAUUGGUUUAGUGGACAACGACGAAGAGCUCUUCAUCGUUGACCGGCUCAAAGAGAUCAUCAAGUACAAAGGAUUUCAAGUAGCCCCCGCUGAGUUGGAAGCCAUGCUCAUCGCUCAUCCCAAGAUUGCUGAUGCCGCUGUUGUUCCCAUGAAAGAUGAGGCUGCCGGCGAGGUCCCAGUGGCAUUUGUAGUAAAAUCCAACGGUUCGGACAUCUCUGAGGAAGAGAUCAAGCAAUACAUAUCCAAGCAGGUUGUAUUCUACAAGAGGAUUAGCCGAGUGUUCUUCGUGGAAGCCAUUCCAAAGGCCCCAUCAGGUAAAAUCCUGCGGAAGGAUUUAAGGGCUAAGCUUGCAGCUGGUUUUCCCAAUUAAACGUCCACAUCUGGCACAUGGGCCGGUAAUGGUUUCUAUGUGACCUACUCAUGUAUGCAAAAAGAUCAAGCAUUAAAAGGAGUGCUUCUGGGUAGCCCGCGGACUACAUUUGUUUCAUCACACUACCCAGCUGAAAAAAAAGGAAUAUAUUGUUUAUUUGUGAGCUUAAUGUGAUUAUACGGAAUUUUACAAUAAACAAUACUAAGUUCGAAUCUCA